CACCUGGUGGUAUAUUGCUGCUAUUGAAACGUAACCUUUUUUUUUGUACACACAAAUAUACAUAUUAUAUAUAUCACUAUACAUACAAAAAAGAAACUCUUCAACUUUUAAUACCGCACGUUUCUAAUUUUUUUUUGUCGAUUAUCUAUUAAAUCUUUUUUUACGCAUCUGUAAAAGGAAAAAUGACAGAAGUGAACGAACCUCAAAUCCCAGCAGACGAUCAAGAGAUCGCUUCUCCCACAAUCACACAUCGAGUAAAAUUUUAUCAACUCAACGUUGACACCCAUUGGGAAGACAAAGGAACCGGCCAUUGCACCUACCAAAAGGGCACAGAUGGAAAGCCAGAUCAAAUAAUUGUUCGCUCAGAAGAGGAUAACUCUAUUUUAUUGACUUCUCAAGUAGCCAAACGUCGUUUAUACCAAAGACAACAAGAUACCUUGAUUGUUUGGACUGAGGAUGAUAAUCGAGAUUUAGCUUUGAGUUUUCAAGACCCUAGUGGAUGCAAUGAGAUGUGGAGCUGUAUCAGUAAAAAACAAGGACCUGUCGGAUCCAUGGUCACAGGAGAACCCGAAAACGAAGAUUUCGCAUCAAGAAAUCCAACCGAUAUAUCAUUACCUGAACCAGAGUUAUCUAAUCUAAAGGAGAUUUCGGAUGUAUUGCAUAAUGCUCAUAGUUUAGACGACAAAGAUAAACUCUCAGCAUAUAUCAUGACAGAAGGUUACAUGGAUAAGUUGAUGCCUCUUUUCGAGACUUGUGAGGAUUUAGAAGAUAUUGCAGAUUUGCAUUUGUUGUAUAACGUGUUGGAAGGAAUAUUGGCAUUGAAUGAUCAACAGAUUGUAGACUUAGCUCUUCAAGACGAAUACAUAACAAAUGUAAUGGGCAUCCUGGAAUACAAUCCAAAGACACCUGGUUUAAAAGCAAAACAUCGAGAAUUCAUACAGAAAAACGGAGACACCAAACAAGCAGUCGAAAUUAAAGAUGAAGUGAUCACCAGAAAGAUCAAGUUGUCAUUUCGUUUAGAAUAUCUUCAGAGUAUUUUGUUACAUAGCGAAACAUCUGUGGAAGGUUUAAUGGGCGUCAUCAGUAACAUGCUUUAUCAAAUUCAUCUCGAUAUCGUCAAUUAUAUUCAGAAUAAUCACCUUCUUUUAUCAGAGUUAUUCAGCGUAUUCAAAGAUCCAGAGACACCGGCUGAAAAGAGAGACGAUAUUAUUCGCUUUUUCCAUCAGUUAUGUAAUCUUACAAAAACAAUGCAGACAUCUGUUCGCGUCAAUACGUUUAGAUCUCUUGCACCCUACGGAUUUUUUGAAUUAAUGUGUGUUACUCUUCCACAUGAAAAUGAGAGUUUCCGUACAACCUCUUUAAAUAUACUCGCCUCGUUUACCGAUCUGGAUUUAGCUUCUGUAAGAAGUCAUAUUAUGUUGCAAUCAAAGGACACCAAAAUGCUCACGAAACCAUUGAUCGAAGUCAUUGUCGAACAAGCCGUUAAAGACGCCGAUUAUGGUUUAAAAGUUCAAUAUUUCGAAAUUUUAAGGUUAUUGUUAGACCCCAAUAACAACCCACAAACUGGGCCAGGAAAUGAUGCCAUGUCAAAGCAAGCACCAGAGACGGAUGAAUUUUUAUCAUUGUUCUAUGAUAAAUACACCAAAACCCUUUUUAAAUGGAUUGAAGAUUUAGAGAUUAAGCCCAUUGGAUUAAAAGGACCCAUCGAACCUUUGGAAAUAACAUCAGAUCAAGCACAACUAUACCUCUAUGUCUGUGAAUUUUUAAUGUUUGCUGUGCGAAACCAUGGAUUCCGUAGUAAAUAUGUUCUAUUAUCCUCCGACUUUUUCCUUAAAAUUACCCAACUCUACAGAUCCAAAUACAAGCAUGUAAAAUUGGCUGCUUUGAGAUUUUUCAGAACUUGUAUUGCGCUUUCAGAUGAAUUCUAUAACCGUAAUCUUAUUAAGCACAACAUAUUUGAACCAACAAUACGUGUAUUACUGGACACAGACGGCCGGGAUUGCCUAUUAAAUUCAGCCUGCCUUGAGCUUCUCGAAUUUAUAAGAAAAGAAAACAUAAAACCUCUCAUCGAUCACUUAAUCAAUCAAUUUGGCUCUGUGCUAGAUACUAUUACAUAUAUUUCCACUUGCCAGCAGCUGAGGGAUAAGUACGAAGAAAAUAUGAAGGCUACCGAAAAAACCGGAAAUAACGAUAAUGUUGGAGACAAAUCAGACGCAAAGACGAAUACAGACGACGAAGAGGAGGAGUAUUUCAAUGGAUCAGAUGAGGAAGAGGUAGUAACGCGUGCACCUCUUGUGAGUUAUGAUGAAGAUGACACCGACGAUGACGAAGAUGAGGAAGCGGAAGAAGAUCAUUCUCAAGAAGAUGAUGCUGAAGAAAACAAGACUACAUCAUCUACUGCUAAGCGCACCUCCAAAAAUAAAACAGAAUCCCCAGAAGGCUCGUCGUCUCCACCACCAUUUUUAUCGCGAAAGAGAAAAGAAGCCGAGGAAGAUGAAGACGACGAAUUAGCAAAACGUUCUUCGCGCCAAUCUUCCCUUUCCCCCAAAAAAAUGGUCAUCAAAGCGCCAAUUAUCAAAAAAAUGCGUACAACGCAGUAG